AAUAAUAAUCUAGAAAAUUUUCAAGUUUGAUAAGCUAGUCAGAUGAUAUAUCUAUUGUUGAGAAAUUUAUUAUUAGAGAAAGUAGAGAAAGUAUCCCUGCAGCAAGAGAGAAAAAGAAAGAGAGAAAGAGAAUUAAAUGCAAGUAAAAUUAAUUAGAGUCUAAUUAUCUCGUUAGUUCAUAUUGAAAUUCAAUGAGAAUAUAGACGUCUCUAGGGCAGGCAUAACAGUCUGGACUACAGUUGCCACGAUCAUUUUACAAUCAAUUGUCUCGCUUCUAAUAUUAGAACACUCUCUCUAUAGUUCCCAAAUGAUUUGCGGAGACCGCACAAACGUGGAUCUGAAACCGCGUUUAGAGAUGCGGAGGGAUCUGGAACAAUGCGCUAUUGUGCACGACUGCGCACUAAAAGUAUUUUUCAAAGAAAGACGAAAAGCGAGUUAGGUCUUUAACAAUUUCGGUCAUUAUUUCUCGUCGCGUGACGUCAUAGUAGUGCAGCGUGGAAUCUCCCCGCCAACCGAGGUCGCCGACAGCGUCACGACGAAAAAACGACGCGCGACUUCGCGCGCCGACACGACGGUAGUCCGGCGCGAGGCACCGCUCGGGAGACAUCCCUGGAGGCGUCGCUAGUUCCGAAGAGCAGAGAAGAUGCCAAGCCACCGUCAGCCUAAUUCCUUGGAAGGUCUUAGUUUGGGACGCGUGUGCCGGCAACUCAACGAGACGUGCCGAUACUUGCAGAUGCUCUCGCAGAAGUCUUCCGCGACGCAGGUGCUGGCGCUCGCGAAACGGACGAUCAGGCCGUAUUAUAUAAACGCGCUGCCAACUCAUCUGCGCUCCCGAGUGAUCGACGAGGCAAUGAAAACGAUGUGCAGCCCAUCGAGCGAUGAAUCGACGCUGGUCUCCGCGCCCGCAGCGCUCUAUCUGCUGGCUCUUCUUCUCGAUCCUAACAUAAAGAAGUUGAAAGUCGGCCUCUGCUGCUACUACGGAUGCAGCCACCAAACGUGCCUCUUAAAAUUAUUCGCUUCGGAAGGAGUCGGGCUUCGGUCGCUGCAGCUGAGCCGUUCCGCGCUGCUACGCUUGGAUUGCAAAUUGCUGUACUCGGCGCUGUUGAACAUGAAGAACCUGUCGAGACUGACGCUUCGAAAUAUCGCCGACGACGGAGUGCUCCAAGCGAUAGGUAAGACUUGCCCGAAACUCGCGGUCCUGGACGUCGCUUGCUCCAGGCAAGUAACGGACAUAGGGCUGAGGCAGCUGCUCCUGCGAGUGGAACUGCGAGACAAGCCACGUUCCACGUCGUCCCAGGAGCGCACUAGCUGGUCGCGACUCAAAAGAUUACUCUCCGUGUUGAAGUCGAAGAGCUCGAGGAGAGAGAAGCAAAGCGUGGUGCUGGAGUUUCACGAAAGCAGGAACCCCCUGUGCGACACGCUCGGAGUACUUAACGUCGCCAAUACCGGCGUCACUAGCGCGGGUGUGCUAUUUGCCCUAGCAAACGUUCCACAUCUCAAAUCCUUGGCCGAAUACAGCCACAUGGGAAGAGUGAUGGAGAUCAUGAACGGCGGACUGAUCGAUCGUAUCAAAAUUCCGUUCAGCUUGACUCAAGCGAGGAGCUGCAAAACGACGCUCAAUCGCAUUGAACUUUUGGCACAAGCAUGCCCGAAGAUGGAAAAACUACACAUCUCCGAGCCUCAUCACUCUCCCGAAGCACUGGGACUCUUCCCUUACAUUACUUCCCUAAGUAUACACAACGUGCCGAUGAAAAGGGAGUGGUUGAACGGCUUCUACAAUUAUCUUCGAAGAAACGGCCAAAACUUGUACGAUCUCAAUUUUCAAAUGACGCAAAGCGAGAACCCGUUACAAGUCGACUUGAGAGAAAUCUUGAAUAGCUGCCCUAAUCUCCAUGUACUCAUCACGAGUGGAGCAAACGUAACUUGGAUGGAAGGCUGCGACCCUCCUCCUCUCAAGUAUCUAAAAGUUAUCCAACUCGGACGUAUGACGAAUGCGUUAGCGAUUGUGAAAAUACUCUCACUGGUGCCGGAAUUAAAGGCGCUACAUGUCUACAGUUGUCUAGACCUGUCGGACAAACACCUGGAAACGCUGAAACCGCCUACGAAAUCCAAAAGUACUCGAAAGUUCGAUAUGUGCGAUGACAGUUCGUCGAACUUAACGUGCUUUUAUAUUUACGAAAUGCAUAAAGUAUCGCUGAUCACUGUGCUAAACAUGUUCAACAACUAUAAACAAUUAAGACAAUUUGGAAAUUUAACGAAUUGGACUUUGAAUCGUGAGGAUGCCAAAAUGUUAAGAACAACCCGCACGAGCAUGGAUGUAGAUUUCUGCUCCGGUUCGCACUGGCUCUGGAAUAACUGCAUUCCUAUUUUGUAAUGAAAUGCAUUUUCGAUCUGGCCCUUUGUAUCAGCCGUUACUUUUAUUUAUUAAUCAACAUCUGACUUUUUAUUAGCAAAUUUUGAUACGUGACCUCAAUAAAUCAAAUACAUACCAGUAU